CAGACUCGAACACUUCUUAGAGAGAGAGAGAGAGAGAGAGAGAGGAGAGCCAUGAAGAUCGAAGCAAAGCGCUCCGUCAUUGAAAUCCAAGAAGACGACGACGAAGACUUCUUCUCUCAGCUGGCGGCGGUGGAGGCCGACGCGCUCGCCUCGUCCAAGCGCCGGAGAAUCACGCCGUCGGUAAACGCCGUCGUUCCGAAUCCUAAGAAAGAAAUCUCCGCCGCUGCCGAUGAGGGUUUGUACAUGGCCGCCCUUAAGGGAAACCAGAGCCUCGUACGGCAGACCACCGCUGGGAGAGUAGGCGUCCCCAAAGGAAGAGUCAAGGCAGUCGACGCCGAAAAGGAUGACGUCUUCGGCAGCUCCGGCUCCGGCGCCGGCAACUCCUGCUUCAAAUGCGGAAAGUCCGGGCACUGGGCUCGCGACUGCGAUUCCGCACCUGGAGGAGGCGGAGGGCAGUAUGGUACUCACGGCGCUGGUUCCGAUCCUUCGAUUCCCGAGAAGAGCUGUCCAUGUGGAUUAGGGAUUUGUACGGUUCUCACCGCCAAUACUGAGAAGAAUCGGGGUCGGAAGUUCUACAAGUGUCCUCUCAGACAGGAAAAUGGAGGAUGUGGUUUCUUCGAGUGGUGUGACAAUGCUUCUGGGAAUAAUUCCAUGGCUGGUGGGAAUUACACUUCUGAUUCUUCGUUCCCUGGGCGUCCUUGUCCCUGUGGUGCUGGUUUAUGCCUCAUUUUGACUGCAAAAACAGGACAGAAUAUCGGCCAGCAAUUCUAUCGAUGCCCUGCUAACCAGGGAAGUUCUUGUGGUUUCUUCAAGUGGUGCAACGAGAAUACCACAUCAAUUGGUGUUCCAGUCAGUAACCCAAAUGCGUUUUAUAACUCAAUCGACACAAACAACACAAGCUACAACGUCCGAACUGGGUCUUCCUGUUUUAAAUGUGGCAAGGAAGGGCAUUGGGCGAGAGAUUGUUCUGUUCCUUCGUCGAAUCCUGCAGCUGAGUUGGGAGGAAGAUCUGCUUCCUCAGGCACAUGCUACAAAUGUGGUAAGCCUGGGCACUGGUCAAGGGACUGCUCUUCUUUUUAGUCUCCAAAAUGCAAGGCUGAAACACUUGAGAGCCAUUUUGAUUUUUGAGGACUACUGUUAACUCGGUCAUCACUAAAACCUUAAAAGGGGUUUUGCGGUUUUGAUUUUGGUUGAUGGAGAUCUGCUUGGAAACUCUUUUUGUCUAUGAUAUGCUUCGUGUGAGUUUUGCUUUGCAAGUUCUUCGUCCAAUGACUGUUUUGGGUACAUCUCGAUGUUUAGGUGUGAUAUAAAAGGAAAACAAGAUCCUGAUGUAGAUCAACAUUUUGUGAACCGUUUGAAGUAUAG